AUGGCAUCGCACUCCCACUCUUCGGGUUCCAAUAACCUACUUUACGCUGUAUACGUUUCGGAAUUAUCGAAGACCAAACAUCUUUCUCGUCCUCCAAGAAUAAGGGGCCCACUUCUAAAGUCUGAAGAAAUAUCCGAUCUUAGGCAAAUUCACAAGAACUCCCAUGACAAAACUACAGUACACGGCGUUUCCACUUGCAGUGUCCUAGCUGAGGAACUCAUGGCGAUACAAAUAUCGGGUUUGCGCAAUACCGCAUCCCAAACCGUGGCACAUAGGCAACGAUUUCUGAAUCUUUGCCACGCACCACCUGUCAUUUGA